AUGAGGUCACCAUCCCGGGCUUCGGAUAUGAGCAGCACUCACCUUGAUGAAUGUUUGCCGAGAAUCGCCCCCACGCUUCAACGCCCAUCGGGGUAUAGGAACAAUAUGCCGAAGCUCGGGAAACUUUCGAAGCCAAAGAAGCGUUCGUCAACAGGACGCGACUUGGGUGUUACGGGUGUGACGCCAUUUGCUCUUCAGUCAGAGUCCCAAAGAGAUAUGGCCGGCAACCAAAACGAUGUAAACUCGAGCUCGCCACCAAUGAAGUGUGAUCGCGCAGAAGAGUCGCCUGGCGAAGCUGGUCACAUUUCGCGAUCCGAACGACGAACUCAGUCAGUGCGCACGAAAAGUGUGAAUCCGCCUCCUGUGUCUGGUUCGUCAUCCACAGGACGACGAUCGUUCCUUAAGACGUUGUUUUUCGGCGGCGGUGGCAGUUCAAACUCUUCUCAGAAUCGUCGUGAUCCUAUCAAUCAACUUGCACAUUGUCAAUACUUCGUUCCGUUCGAGAAGGAAACAGUUCGGAGCUCAAAGUCUGCUUUCGAAAUCGGAUCACCUUCUAAAGUUGACGAUUGGUCGAAAAAGCAUCAUGCGAAUCAGAUGAGCACCUUCAAACCGAGCUAUGACGAAGUGGUGAUGUCAGCUCGCGUGUGUCCGUUACCGAUGCGGCGUGAGCGAAGUGACCUUUGUGCGUCGUCCGUCAUGCGUUUGGCGAGACACACGGAACGCAGUCCUGGACCCGCAUGUACAAUGAGCACGGCCAUAAAACCGCUGCAAACGAAGGUUCCAAAACGCCAGCCAUUACGGCCGCCUGAUACGGCGUGCGAUCCAAAGACGAUAAGCAACUGUAUUGAUGAAUUGAGAAGAAGGCGACUCCAAUUUACAAAUGAGAAGGCGGCAGAGCAGCCGUCGCAAACUAGCAGCCCACAAAUUUCGCUGAGGCAGCGAAACAAUUGGGACUCCUGUCAGCAAAACGGCGAAGAAGUCCCACGUUAUACGUCCCGAGCAUCUCAGCGAGACCAUCGUAUGUCGGUGCCGAAUCUUUCGCCGGAACCAUCCAGCGUCGUAAUCCAGUCAGCAAAAGCGCUCAGAGAAAAGCUUGGACGAAACGGCGAUGGGGAGUUAUCGCACUUUCAGACGAUCAAUGAAGGACUGAUCACCCCCGUUAUUCGCCGUAAGCAGUUUAAUCAACCAUCAACGUUGACGUCCAACGUUAACAACGAUGCCGUUUUCCCGAAUAGCCCUUCUGCAAAACGUGCGAGCCAUACGGACAGUCCCAGUACGUUAGUCAGUCGUGGACGAGAGGCGUUAGAAGCUUUGUUUGCCCACCAACAAAACACUUCGCCGCCGAAUCCCGCCCCAGAAGGNGAAUGGGGCUUUACUGGGGUCUGA